UCACAGGCCACUCUGAGAGAGACACACCUUCCGCUGAUUUUGUCCCAGUUUACACAGGGAUGCGUUUUGAUUCACGAAAAGUUGUCAUCAGUCCAAGAUUUGAGUCGUUUUUUCAGCGUGCGGUUUUGCAGUUUUGCGAUUUUCUUUUGCGCAUAGGUUAGGAGUCUGUUCCGCGCCAACUCGAGGAUGACCGGGGUUUUUGAGAAUUUAAAUACUGAUAUGCAUUCGAACCAGAUUACCUCAAGCAAUUACCACAGCUUGCACAAAUCGCAGGAGUCCCCGACUCUGCCAGUGUCCACGGCCACGGACAGCAGCUAUUACAACAGCCAACAGCCGGGCCAUUGCGCAGGGUCUCCAUUUGGCCAGCUCGGCUCUUAUCAGUACCACGGCAACGCCACGAGCACUGUGCCAUAUAACGCAAAGUCAUACGACCUUGGCUUUAACACAUCUUAUGGUGCAUACAGCUCCUACGUCUCCAACCCCUCUCCUCAAGCCGAAUCAGACAAAGAACAGCGCGAACCAGAAAUCCGGAUGGUUAAUGGAAAACCAAAGAAAGUCAGGAAACCUCGAACCAUUUAUUCCAGUUUCCAACUGGCUGCACUUCAACGGAGGUUUCAAAAGACGCAGUAUUUGGCUCUACCGGAGCGGGCCGAGCUGGCAGCCUCGAUGGGCCUUACGCAAACACAGAUCAAAAUCUGGUUCCAAAACCGCCGCUCCAAGUUCAAGAAGUUGUGGAAAAGUGGAGAAAUCCCCCCGGAGCUACAUGUUGCAUCCAGUGAAUCUCCCCCCUGCACGUCUCCGACAACUACUGCCUGGGACUUUCCACAGACUCAAAGAAUGAACCUUGUCAACCCCAGUUUACCUCAGAGCAGCAGCCCUCCCAACACGACUGCGCCUUCAUCGUUUUUGGCAAACUACUCCUGGUACUCAACCACGAACUCUGCGACGCAUCUGCAGCCUCCUCUGAUCCAGCACCACCACAACUCCGCCAUAAGCGCUGGGACAAUAUUCUGAAACAAACAACAACACAAAUAUCGGGUUUAAAUCGGACAAUACUGGUGAAAAAAAAGAAAAAUGCCAAUUUUACAGACCUCGUAUGCGUACUUUACGCAAGCAUAUAGGAGAAGUUAAUGGAGCCAGACAGGCUUAUGGACCUUUCCCGUUUUCGCGCUGGCAAAUGGUAGUCCCAGAUUUCUACGGUUAUUUUUGUAUUUAUUUAUUUUGUUUAUGUCGAGGGAUGAAUGAACCACUACCCAAAGCAAUCACAGCAUGGGCGCAAGCCUAUUUUACGCGGACAUCUCCUUUUUUUUUUGCCAUUUCUGCAAAAACUAAACAUUCAUCGCAGGACAACCUGUCACAAAUGUAGCACAAGUUAACUGUAUCGUGCCUUUUUCAAUAUGACCUCAUUAUGUUUUGCGAUAAAACACCUAGCCUACCUUUAUCCAUUCCUUAUGUCAUUAGUUUAUUUGAAUAUAGGCCUGGGGGGUAAGUGUCUAAAUCCACGUUUGUAAAUAUUUAACCACAGCUUUUUGAUAGCCCAUGUUGCUUUGACUCUUUUUUUAGGCUAUUGGUUCAAAUCCAUUGACCCCCCCACCCCCCGUAAGCUACUGAUUGUCCUACCCUCUGAUUUACUUGUAUCACACUUAAUUGUAUUUUUGUCUUAUUUAUUUUUAGCAGUGUUCCAUAUAUGACCAGACGUUAUUUAAAUAAAAAUGUUUUCUGUGCAGACGCAUUUCUCUUUUUCUUUCCUAACUAUUUAUGGAUGACUGUGGGAUACUUUGUGUUUCCUUAUUUAUUGCAUUUGCAAGGAGCCUAAUAAUAAAUAUAUGGCUAUUUUGCUAAAUUAUUUGUUUUAUUUUUAAUUUUACAGCAAUUUAGAUAGCUUAUAUAUUUUUUAAGCAUAUGCUCAGUUAAUGUGGUG